UAAUCAGGUUCGUGGACAAAACAAAGGCAAUAGGUAUUUUAAUUAAGUUUGAAGAACAUGGAUCUAAACGUAAACGAAACUACUUCUUCAAAUAACGAAGAUGGUGUUCUCACAGAAAAUACUUUCCUUGAGAAAACAUGGAAAGAUGAUUUCACUUUUAUAAUAGAAAGCAGGAAGCUUUAUACAGUAAAGGCAGUUCUGGCUUAUGUGUCACCUGUGUUUGACAGAAUGUUCCAGUCAGACUUCAAGGAGAAAAAUCAGGAUGAAAUGGAAUUACCGAACAAGAAAUUUGAUGACGUGCUUGAGUUUCUCCAUUGUGUCUGUCCCGGAAAACAAACUGAUAUUUGUGAUCAAAACGUGUACCGACUCCUUCCGCUUGCUGAAGAAUACCAGGUGUCAUAUCUGAAAUCGAGGUGUGAGGACUUUUUGAUUGGGAGAAUCAACGAGGAAACUUCCCCGGAUGACCUAUAUCAUAUGUUGCAAUUAGCAUCGACCUAUAACAUGGACAGACUGCAUGCAGAAUGCGUUUCAGAAACUUCUAAAAAGUCUAUUGAAGACUUAGACAGAGCUUUGAAAAAGAUUUCAAUACCUUUAAAAACCAUCUGCGCAAUUCAAGACAAAAUGCUCAGACGGCUGGAAAAAUCUGAAAGAGAAAACAAAUGUUUGAAAGCUGUCAACAAAUACCUACUCUUUCAGUUAAAAGAGAACGAAAGAAGAACGAUACAGGCAAGCGAAGGAUGGGAAGGUAUACUUCUUGAAUUCGAAAUGAAUAUUGAAGAUCUAGAGCGUGGACGUACGUUGUCAAAAGAGUUCAAAAUUUUUGAUAUGGAAGCAAAGUUCAAUGCAAGAAAGAGACGUGGGCACAAAGCUUUGGAACUAGGCCUUUCGUUUGAUAAAAACAAAAUAUGUGGUUGGGAGAUUUCAGUUUUUGGCAGAAUUGCGAUAAAAAACGGUACUGGAAAGAAUCAAGAUUUAACUGAAAACUUUCAAAUGCUCUGUAGAAAUGAGUCUGCAAAUCUUCCUAACUACUGGAAUAUCGGCAACCUUUUUGACGUGGAAAAGGGAUAUAUCUACCACGGUAAAAUGGACGCCGAGGUUUACAUCUUAGCUGAUCAACAAAUGUAUCCGAGUAUUGAGUUAAUGACACCGGAGUUUGACACACUUGAUCUACUCGCGUAAUGGCGGACAGGUUUUGGAACACUAAUUUUUCACUUGGCAUGGCCACAGUGGUCUAAAUUAAAGCUGGUUUCUAUUUAGAUUUCAUUGUGGAUGUAUUUUUGUCAUUUUGUUAGAAAAAAUGGGAGAGGAGGUUGUAUUUGGCGAAGUGAAUCUCAAUUUUAGUAUGAGUAGUACUUCCAGGUCACAACAGUGUGAUUUGGAUGAGAUUUUGCAGUAAGCAAAUGUGAGAAAUCUCUCUUAGAAGAUACAUAACGCCUACUUUUCUCUUGAUUUUAUAUAUCAGUUUUAUUAUAACUGUUUAAAAUGUGGCAAGGAUUUGUUCUCUGAAUUGGGUAUAGCUAUAAUUGGUAGCUCUUUAAAAAUUUCAGUUUUAUAUAGGGAAUAUAAUUUACUAGUGUGUGACCUAUAGUCAUAUGGUAUGAAAAGAUAUCGGGUGAACAUUUUUGAAAAGGCGAAAAUUGGAUAUUUUAGAGUAUGUGAAGUUUAAAAGCAAGCUUUUGACUUGAGAAUAUUGUGACUAUAUAACGGAUAUAUCUAUGAACGUUUAGUUUGCAAUUCCAGAAUGCAAAAUAAUACUUUUGUGACAAAGAAGAGAUACGCAGCUCCAUUAAAUGUGGUGUGUGUCCAAACAUCAGUAAAUAUAGGGAACCUCCAUAAUUGUCUGUUAAAUACUUCACAAAAUAUAAAACAUACUUUGUGGAGCAAAAUACUUGAUCAUUAUAUCAAAUGAUGCAUUCAAAGUGGAUUUAAAAUGUUUUUACUUUAUUAAUAUGUGAAUAGUCUUAGGCAAUUACUUUACUUUGACCCUAGUAUCUUUAAUCUAAAUGCACUACCGGAUCAUUAUGUACGGUACUUACUCAUCACUUUGUUUUCAAAGACGUUGUGUUUUCCGCACUAUGAUCCAAGGAACAGAACAGGGGAAAAAGAAAUUUGCUGGACAGGAACACAUUUGAAACUAUGUAGCUUAUAAUAUUAAAAUGAAACUUUCAAUGGUUUGUGAUACAUCAUGCUAGUCAGUCUUCCAUAAUUUACAAGCUGUACAAUGUUACCGCUAGUCUUCUAGUAUUUAUUGCGGUUCAUAGAUUUUUCUGUGUCUCAUAAAAUGGCAAAUGCCUAGAAAAAGUAAAAUGUUAAAUUUCCAUUAAAAUAAGAACUAAAAAACUUUGCAUAGUUAAUGACUUGUACAUGUUAUGUAUGCAUACAUUUGUAAGACAUCAUAUAAUAGACAUCCGUGUAUAACAAAUUCUGAUUUGGUGGCUGUGAAAUAUUUCGAAACAUGUAGAUCAUUUUGGAAGUGAAACAAAUUCUAUCUAAAAGGCACACCCAUGAUAAAUGAUAAAAUAAUCAUGCAGUUCAAGUAACAUAUAUUACUGCAUAUGUGAGCUGUAUGCUGAAGCAAGUAUGAGAUUCCUUGACCCCAUUUUGUUGGUACAACAACAUACAACAUCACCUUCUGCAGAAGUGGUACCCUUAAAACAGGAAUGAUUUUGUUUUGAGCAUACUUAAAAUGUUCUUUUCAAUUUAAAGUAGACUAGAUCCUUUGACUAUGAUAUAGUUUUCAAUUAUAUUUAUUUUGCAAUAUCCAAAUAUUAGUUCUAGAUAUCUAGAAGAUUUUAUAACAACAUAUUAACAGAUACAUUGAAGCCAAAAUUGCAAUUGUAUGGUGGCAUAUUUCUGCAUAAGAUAACCAGAAGUUUCGCGAAAAUUAAUCUUUUCAUGAAAAGUUGUUAAAAUUUGUUAUUGAUCUGAAAAUAGAAACCGUGGAAUGCUUUGAACAACUACAGUACACAUGUGUCAGCCCGUGGCACAUAUGCUUGAAAUGAAAGACACAAGCUGAUACCUAUGGUGGCAUAUUUCUGCAUUCACUUAAGCAGAUAGUUUUCGCGAAAAUUCGUACAGUGUUCGUUAAAGUUUACAAACUUUUCACGAAAAGAAUCUCUUGUUCUAAGUGGAAAAAAAUCACGAUAGUGCCAACUACUACGAUACCAGAUACGUAAUGAACAGAAAUAAUAAAGGGAGUUAAAAAUACGUUGAUUUUGAAACCCAUCUGAAUGUUAUAAUUAAAUAUCUAUAAGUUCAAGACACUCUUAGCACCCUUGCUUAGGGGUGGUGGUCGGGGACAGAGGUGGAUAUAACACACUUCAUUCCGAAGAAGGGACUAUUGGGUUAUCUUUAUGCAGUUCAGGGCACUGCUGUGACAUACUGUCUCGUUAACAAGAUAAAAUUUUCACGAAAACUUUCUCCUACUUUCACGAAAUGCCACCAUAGAUACCUAAUGUAGUAUGUUGUAUAGCCAUCUGAAAGAGUUUAAUGUUUUCGUGAAAACUGUUAUUUUCGCGAAAACAUUUUAUUUUCAUGAAAACUUUAACGUUUUCAUGAAAGUUUGGUCCAUUUUCGCGAAACUAAUCUUGUUUUCUUUGCAGAUGUGGGCACUAACGCAUUUUUUCCACUUCAUAUUUGCAGUUCUUUCAUGAAAAGCUUUUAUAUUUUCGCAAAAACUUUUCGGUUUUUCGUUAAAAGUUGAUACAUUUUCGCAAAACUUGUCUGGUUAUCGUAUGCAGAAAUAUCUCAAUUCUAUUUUGUUUUUGCGAUGGAAAAUAACAUAUCAAAAUCUAUAACGAUGACGAAUUUAAACGUAAUCAAGAUAUUUUGAAACGUUAAUGAGUCCUUAUUACGUCCUUAGAUUCCGUUGGAAAUGUAUAUUAUAAAAGUGAUAUUAAUAGUAAUGUUUUUCCAAAGUAAAACUUUCUGUUAUUUGCAGAAUAUGCGAAAGUUAACCCUGUUCCCGAAAGUGAACGUGACACUUGCAUGAUUGUGAUUGCCUUUUGUUUCUAGACUUAGAGCUAAAUCAAAUGUCUGAAAUAAUGUGAUAUUUGUAUCUACAGAGUGCUUCUUUUACACUGACGCAGGGAUAUAAAUUAGCAGGGGCAGAGUAGCCCAUGACCCCUAGAUUUUUGGCUUGGCCCCUAAAUUGUUACUUAGAGAAAAUGCCCAUACCUACCUAAUGUUAAACAUUUAUUAUUGUCAGUCUGGGUCCCUAAAUAAAAAUAGCUAGUUUAUAUCCCUGUUGAUGUGAUGUAGUGUGAUAUGUUUUAUACGAAAUAUAUGUAUUAAAUAUGAUAAACUAUGGAUAGUUGAAUUCCAUUAAAACAAGAAGAAC